CACUGAAUAACUGAAUACACUAUCAUGGUAGUCUGCAAAUUUUUUAUGCAAGGAUACUGUAGGUUUGGUGAUAGCUGUAAAUUUGAACAUCCACGAGGAGGAAACGCAGGUUAUGCAUAUUCUGCACAGAGACAGCUCUUUGGAGGUGGAGGCAGUGGAUCAAGGUUUGGAGGUGGGGCGGGACCAAAUCCAUACAAGUGGACAGCUAAUGAUCAACAAAGAACACAAAACAAACCCGUAUCCCAGCAGACUUCUCCUAAUGACCUAAUAAACACAUUAAUAUCAGAGGUUAAAGAAUUGGAGAAGACAAAAAUGUGGCCAUUUUCAUGCAUUGGAUUCGAAAAAGAUGGUCCCUGUGUGCCAGAUUUUGAGGACACUUCACCAGAGGAGUUGAGACAUCUUGCUUAUGAAGCUCAAAAAUCAAAUAAUUUUCAAGGAUAUAUAGACUAUGUUCAAAAUCUGCAGAAUGAGGUCAAUAAAAAGCGGCAAAUGCUUGCAAACCCUCCAAUGCGUAUAAAGCAGAAAAUGCUAUCACUGAUUGAUGACUAUCGAUUACGAAAACACAGGUCUGGAAAUAGUUCUACACAUAAUACAGUGUCAUUAUUCAGUAAUCCAACCCCAAGUGAAAAUUCUUUUCAAUCUGCAUCUUUUGGAAGUGACUCAAGCCGAGGGUCCUUUGGGGCCACAGGCUUUGGAGCCUCUGGAACCUUUGGAGCAUCUGGAACACAAGGAUUUGGGUCUUCAGGGUCAGCAGGAGGUUUUGGUGCAAGCUCUGAGUCAAAUGGGGUCUUUGGAUCAGCUGGUGCUUUUGGAGCAAAAACAUCUGGAGACUUUGGUUCAAGUACAGGCUUUGGAGCAAAUCCUGCCUCAUCUGGGAGCUUUGGUGUUGGUGGAUUUGGCACAUCUUCCUUUGGAGCACAACCAUCUGCUUUUCCAAGUCCUAUUUCAUUUGGAAAUUCCAGUGUGACACCCACACCAUUUGGAAAUAACUCCACGAAAACUCCAAGUAUAUUUGAUAACAGUGCAACAAAUUCCUCGGCCAGUGCAUCAUCCAGUGGAUUCCAGAGCCAAGGAACAAAUGUAUUUGGAGGAACCUCUAAUCAGACAAUAGGACAUAAUACAGGUGCUAGUGCUUCUUUCCACAGUCCACAACAAGUGUCCAUGGAGUCUAGUAUCUACACUCCUAUGGAUAAAUUGACUGCUGAGGAGUUAGCAGAAUUUCAGGCUACACAUUUUACUCUUGGAAAGAUUCCAACAAAACCACCCCCAAAAGAACUGUGUUUUUAAUUUCUUUAUUUACUGCUUGCAAAAUUUUGCAUGUAUAGAAAAUUUCAUUUCAAAAAAUUUUCUUCUUAAAGAACAGCUAAUGUCAUUCCAAGUAAAAGCACAAUAAGUAGAUACUUUAAAAUGUGCAUUAUGAUUUUGUAUGGCUUAUCAUGCUUAGCUUUAUUUCAGUGAAUUCAAAAUGCUCUGUAAUAAAAAAAAAGAAUGAUCAUGCAAAACUGAAAACCAUUUACUGGAUAGUCUGACAGUUGAUUUUCUUGAUUUCUAGACAAUGAUUAAAAUAAAGCUAUGUGUUAUCUA